GCCGUCCGAGGGAAAAAAAAAGAUACGACUACGGAGUUGCUUAUUCCUAACACCUGCCUGCGGCCCACACGCGGGCUCAACAACUUCUUUUCCUUCCUCCUCUCCUCACCAUUUCCCCGAGGACGCUGCUAUCCCCGACUCAGCCACUUCUCUGAACCUCUGGGCUUACCUCUUGCCCUCCUCCUCCUCCUUGUUGUCCUAUCCCUUCCCGCUCUUUUAGCCCCACCUGCGGCCAGCCUUUCUACCUGCCACUUCCCUCCCACCUACGCACACCAAGAACACCAUUCUCCCAUAACCUAAUAAGGAGCGAUUCACUCUCGACAAAAGGCCGAGCGAUAUUAUGAACAACGAUGGCACUUCCCUGUGGUCUCACCACCACCAGGUCUCGCCGACCUCGGGCGGAUCAGGAGACAAUGACAGUGAGGACUUUUCAAGCCUGUUCGACUUCAACAACAUUCAGUUGAGCAUGUCUUCCCCAUUCGACACCACGGGUGCACAGGACGAUCAUUCGGCCAUGGAUACCGACUUUCCGAAUGCCGAUGAGCUUCGGGCAAACGGACAUUCAAAUGAUGCGGGUGGCCCACUGGAUACGACGGGUUUGCUGGGCUCGGAGGAAAUGCUGGAUAUGCGGUUUCAUGAUUUGCACUCGUUGCAGACAUCACAGCAGCAGCAUCACCACCACCAGCAGCAGCACCACCAUGCGCAAAUGCUAGCUCGCCAACACAUGAUGCAGCAGAACGGCAUGAUCCCUCCUACCCCCUCGAGUAUUGACCUUCAGACUGGCCUCCCGCAUGGCCCGUGCUCGCAUAUGGGCUCGCAAUCGGAUGUCAUGGUGGACAGGUAUAAUGGGUUAAGAGAUGAGCAGGUGUGAUUCUCAUACCCCUUCCCAUCUCGCUAAUCUUUGAUUGGAUCCCUAACAUUGACAGAUGAUAUUUACACCUUUGGUUUCACCCGCGGUCACUCCUCUGGACACCAACUUUGUGCACCAAGUCCCCGAAUUCGCAAUCCCCGGCUACUUCAGCCCUCUGACUUCUCCUGCCCUCGAUGCUCACCCUCAUAGGACUCAUAUGCCCAACCCACAUAUGAUGCAUGCCCACUCCCAAUCGACAUCUCCGAUUGAUCCGGUCGAUUCGCAAAAUAUUAAUAAACGGGGAAGCACGGGCCGACGGAAAUCCACCACGUCCCGUAAUCCCGCUCGGGUGGUUCGGGAGUCGCCGAGUAUGAAGGCGCAGAAGAGGAAGUUACCAGCAGCAGCCUUGGCCGCAACCCCAGAGCUCGCGAAUGCGCUUUCGAAACAACCCCCAACCCCCACGACAAUCCGGCGGAGUGCAUCGCAAUGCCGGGGCCGGCAGCAGAUGGGAUUCCAAUCGAGUCGGGAUACCUCUUCAAACGAAUCAGUAUCUCCAGAGCCGCUGCCGGAGGUCCUGAUGGCGCCCCCACCACCGCCCCGAAAUGACAAUUCCCGAUCCCCGCAGAAUGGUCGAUCGGACGAUGGGUCGUCCACCUCAACAACACCUGGAGCGCCAGCAACCCCCGCGUCACUUAUGAAAUUGACGAAGACGAAUCUACCGACAGAAGACAUCCCGCCAAUAGCUAUGGAGACUUCCGAUUUCCUUAACGGCGAUGUCGAGAGGGUAAUGGCUGAUGCUCCGCCGGUUGCCCGGAAUGAUGGUAGGGCGGCUACGACGACGGUGUCCCCGCGCCCCGGUGGGGACAAUCAGUCAACGCCCACUGCUGAAGCUAGCAAGACGCCAUCGCUGAAGCCUGUGCCCUCAUCAAGCAGUAGCGUCUCAUCGGGGUCGAGACAUGAAAGUCCUAUAAGCAUACAGACGCCGAGCAGUAUCCUUAACAAACAAAAAAUUGGCAAGAGUGGGAUGAGUGGGCGCGGAGGAAAAAGGGGGAGUGUUAGUUCGAGUCCCGGAUUACAGCCCAAGAUUUCGCCGAGUAUCAAACCUUUAUUACCUUCAGGUGAGUUUCCAAAGCACGCCCUCAGCCCCCCCUCCCUCUUUCCUUGCUGCCGGUGCGCAGUCUGGAUGGGUAUGUUCCCCCCCUUGGGGAAACAAACCGCCUGUGCAUCCUGCGCGGGUUCUGGUACCUUUUGCUGCAAAUGAAGACUUCCCCAGGCCGCACGGCUGGGCCUAACCUGUGUUUCCCGUCCACCGAUUGUCAUCCCACAGCCCACUAUAGACGGCCCCCCCACUAACCCUACUUUCCCUCUAUCUAGGUAUGACCCCCGAAGCGUCCGCUCUCCUCCUAAAAUCCAACUACCAAAACAUCGUUGAGGGCACCCACAAGCAAUUAGGCCUCUCCUACCCAGCCGACCUCUCGACAAACCUGACCUCGAAACGAACAUCACACAAGAUCGCUGAGCAGGGCCGUCGAAACAGGAUCAAUAACGCUCUCACCGAGAUUGCCUCUUUGUUACCCCAAAAGAGCACUCCUUGUGGGGGGAGCAAUUCCGACGGAGGAGAUGGGGGGGAGGGGCGGGGUAGUACUGCUAGCGGAGGAGGAGGAGCCGGAGGUAAUGCGAGUACGGGGCAGGCGAGUAAAGCCAGCACGGUCGAAAUGGCGAUCGAUUAUAUCAAGCAGUUGAAGAAGGAGCUGGAAGAUACGAAGGGUAAACUGGCCGAUGCGGAGAGGAAGUUGGAGGAAAAGGCUGGUGAGGAGAGCUGA